AGAGACCUUAAAAACUCAUUGCUACAAUAAAUGACUCCAAACACCGAACGCUCUAUCACUAUGCAGAAAAAUAUUGAAUUGGGAAAAACCAAAAGUGGCAGAUACUCAAAAAAGCGCGUCAAUGUCAAGAAAGCUUUGUUUAAGAUUGUUGAAAAUUAUCCCAACAUCUGGAAAUCAAAAAGCAGCGGUCCACCAGAUGAAUGGCGUCAAAUUGUGAUGGAAGUAUUCAAACAAACAGGAGAAAUCGUUCGCGAGAGUAUUCUUCGUGUCACGUUAAGCGAGGCGAAGAGAUACUUGAAAGUGAAGAUUGUAAAGUGUAUCAAAAAGAAGAUGGAUCACAAUUCAAUGGAGUCUCACCUGCGUCAAUGGAUAUUUUUCCCAUAUUUCAGAUAUUACUACAAUACGCUCGGUAAAUUUGAGAGUGAAAAAAGAUCUCAAGUUUCAACAGGAUCGAGCGUUGAUUCUCAACUGGUGGACGAUACCUUUGGAGAUGAUAUGGAGAUGGACGACGAUUGUGAAGAAGGGGACAACGAUGAUAUUGUGUUUGUCGAGGAGGUUAUUCACGAACAAUAUUUAAACGAUUGCGUUCAAGAAGUGAAGCCUCAACAUACUGCCAUCGCUCUUCCACCAUCACCACUUCUCGCCAAUAAUCGCACCCCCUCUAUGUCACAUUUUGCUCGUUUCAGUGAAGAAUCUAUGGCCAGGGAAAUCAGCUGGGAAGAUCAAGCUCCGAAAGGAGCAAAGGAAAAUGCUCCGAGCUACGAAGCCACAGAAAAGUUUGCGUCGAGCAUCACUUCACAAAUUUAUCGUCUUUUUGAAGAAAAUGCGGAAAAAUCAAAGCUGAUUAAGGAUGUUCUUCAAAAGACUAUUCUGGCUCUUGAUGACACAAACGCGUACCACAGAAACAGCUGUGAUGUUUUCGAAGAGCUUUUAGCUGUGGAGGAACACAAACUGAAUUCGCGAUCGGGAAAUAACAGACGUUGAGCAAUUGAUUAGUUUUCUUGCAAUCUAUACUAUGAUCUCUAUAUACCACUUUUACCGUUUUGUUCUUUUCAAUUUGAAAAGGUUUUGAAUGUUUAAUUAUUUUUCUUUUAUUUAUCUACUCUUCUUCUCAGGUACUUAUUUUUCAUAUUUAGCAAAAUAUUUAUUGUUGGUUUUUCUAUGAGUUUUAAAAAUCACUAAUGGAUCCAAUUUUGUGGCCGUAAUCUGUUCACACUGUUCACAGUAAAUUGUCGUUCAAUA